ACACAAGUCGUUUCAGUCGUCAGUCGUUUGGAACCGUCGAUCGUAACACUUCUCGCUCGACGUCUCGUCCGUCUUCUCAUCGCUCUAUACCUGAGCCCUGACUUACCGCCGAUGACCACAUCGGCCAACACUCUUCGCCCGUACAAUAGAAGUGAAAGCUUUAUAAUUUGGUGACCAUUACUGUGAGCGCCAGUGCCUACGGGUGAGAGACCGCACCCUAAAAGGCAAUGUAUUAUCCGAGUGUAUUCGCCGGCGUCCGCCCCUUCCAAACGCUCGGGGAUAGAGUCGACAAUCCAUUAGACUUAUCAGUAAAGCAGUCCCUCAGACCCGAUGCUCCCCAACACCACAAUUUGCAACUUAUGAUUGAACGCAAGUUAGCCAUCGAUCCGCUUCCGUCCCGAUCUCAACACAUGCCUCUUCUCGACACUAUGUAUGCGUAUAAGCCCUUCAUCACAGACCCGACGCAGUGUCCAAUAGGAAGUGCGGCCCUUAUGGGUCAGUCCAUCGGUAACCCCUAUUGUUCUUCAUUGUCGUCUUCUUCGGGAAUCAGUCAUUUGGGUUUAAUUCCGGAUCUAUUGCAUCAAAAUAGAGAUGCAUUGGCUUUGGAAGCGUCUUCUCUAACGCCUUAUCCGUUAGAAAUCUCGGCUCAUAUGCCGUAUCACAUGCGCAUCGGAAGCGCCACUGCGGCCACAAUUGCCAUCAAUAAUGCCAAUCAAAGGUCUUAUUUCGGUCACAACUCUUUGGGUUCCGUUCUGUCACCACAUAUGACACCUUCCUUUGCUCCGUCUAUUCCCCACUACUCUCUCUAUUCGGAUCUUUUAAAUGACAUCAAUCGACGACCAGUUGAGCCCGAAAAGAGUGUCUUCGGCUCAUUGGCGGCAAUGGGAGCGCCACCCGAACCGACCACACGAUUCUCAGAACACUUACAAAGACUUCGCGACCAUAAUCUCCAACAAACCAAAUGUUCGGCCGUCUGUUGUCUGCCAUCGUCUUCGACCAAUGCCUGUAACUGUUGUAAUAUCGGGCUCUCAAUCAAUAACAACAUGUCAUCAGUUUUGCAGACAUUGUCACCGCUUUCGUCCAAAGAAGUACAUCAAACCAAUAGUUCUUGUGCACAAUCUGUGGACCCUUUCGGUGAUAACAGACGUGAAAAUAAAACGUUGGACACCAAAUAUUUUUCCCGUGAGUCAAACAGCCAUUUCUGGGACUCUUCAGUGUCUGUUCACCAAAAAGAGUGUCAAAAAGAGGAGAAAACAUUUGCAGAUAAGUGUCACAAAAGUCAGGAAGUGGUCACUCAUGAUGUGAUCACUAUUGAUGAGGAUUACAAUGACGUAGAGAUUGAAGACAUAAAGCAAACGACUAAUGAGUUGAUGGAAAGAAAGUCGACCGAAACAACGAGUGGUCAGAAGGAGAGCGGAUCAGGUGUGGAGGGAAGUGGAUAUGGAUUAAGCAAUAGUGUUAAGUGUAGUGGAAGUGAUGAAAGUGUCGAAACAGAGACUCAACACAAGAGUUGUGAAGUGAAAUGCAUUUCAACGCAAGACACGGCUCAUCAAAGCCAUAAUCACUCGCAUAGAGAGACACAAAAGACAUAUCAAGACAUUGGAGUGAAAAGCAAUGCAACAAAACAACUCAAAGACUAUAAACUCAUAAACAAAAAUCAAAAUAUAAAUUCAGUCGAUAAAAGACAAGCAAAAGAGACGAAGACAGUAGAGGUUCAGUGCGAUGGACCCGAUUGGACACCCAUUGUGUUGCCGACACAACUCAGACUUAAAUUACAAAAAGCGGUUCGCAUUUCUUUGAGUGAUUCCAAUACCACUUCCAACCGAUCGAUAGGUCAUCGAAAUGAGAGCAAAAAGUGUAAACAGAAGCACAUCCACACUCAUCAUAGAAACCAUAACAGAUCCCGAUCUUCAUCUUCAUCCACCGGUUCCAGCAGAAGAUCGUCACCAGAUAUGAGACAACAUUUGGACAGUAAUUGUGUGAAAUCACGGAAGCGAUCAAUGCUUAAGUGUUUGGUUAAUUCAGAGGGAUAUGUGGCCGACAAGAUCAAGACAAUCGGUGGUCAACACGAUCUCAUUGUGUCGGAUCCGUCACAACUUGGACGUGAAGAACGUGCUCUUCAGCGCGCUAUAAAACACUUCGAAGUACUCCAUAAACCAGAGAAGAGCUCAAUAGAGAUCUCUCAGACAGAAGAAGACAAACAAAGUUAUGAUUGCGACACGAAUUCAAAGUUCGAAAAUAAUGUCAAAGAAUAUCAGAAUAUUAUCGAAUCAGUUGUCAAUGAAAGUGAUCUUAAAGUGCAUUCUUCAGAGUCUUCAAAGAGUAGUAAGAAAUGUAAAGAAAGUGAAAAGAAUGAAGAUUUGGACGAAUCGAUGAAUUCGUUAAAUAAGACAAAAGUGAAACCGAACUCAAAGAAAAGAUUAAUAGAAAGUUGUGAAACAAAGACAAAAGGAUUGGAUGUGAAGCUCAAAGAAAAGAAAGUGAAACCAAACGAGAAAAGCGAUGAAAAGACGGCUCAACACAACAUUCAAUGCAAACAGAAAAAGGCAAUGGUAAGCGUCCGUCGGAGACGAUUCCGCUCGGGUCUGGAUAUGAUCCGAAACCCGAACCGACGCAAGAAAGCGCGUCUCAAUCAGAUUCAGGCGUCCCUUAAGAGGGAACAGUUGGGCGGUUUGGCCGGCGAUGAAUUGGUCCACAAAUCGAUCUCAUUACCGAAACAGAACUCGGAUUCAGUGAAUGGAUGCCUAGAAGUGAAGCGCCUUAUGGUGAACAAGGCUUUGGGGGAAACACUGUUACAUAGGGCCGCCCGGAGUAACCGAAUUGAUGUCGUCAAAAGCUGUCUUCAGUCAAACACAUGUGAUGUGAACGCAAAAGACAACGCAAACUAUACACCCCUUCACGAGUGUUCAACUCGAGGCAACCUCGAGAUCGCAGCUCUACUCUUGCAGUGCGGCGCUCACGUGGACGCCAGUGCCACGGGAGGCAUCAGACCUCUUCACGACGCCAUUGAGAACAAUCACAUAGAAGUGGUGCGACUUUUGCUCGCAUACGGAGCCGAUCCUAACAUAAGCACAUAUUCAGGUGCGACUCCUUUGCAAUUGUCGCGCUCUAAACACAUGACAACAUUCCUCACCGGCUUUCUCAACGAUAUAUCAGGAGAUAAACACAAAUCAAGUCAACCAUUGCUCUGGAAGUUCUCAGAAUCAGCACAUAUUUCAUAUACUAAACAAAUUGGAUUCGAUGUGUUUGAUGGCCUCCCAUCGGAUGCAGAGGAGGAAUCACAAGAUUUUCUGUUUGAAGACAAUGACAGACCUUUGGAUAUAACAUAUCGAUUGCGUAAUUCUGCCAAAGAAUCAAAUCAUUUGAUGCGUUUGUGUGAUGUGCUCAAGAGAACUGGUCUAACGAGGGAUGAAUGCACUAAACGACAUGUAAAUGUGAAGAUAGUGUCCAUUUGCAGGCAAGAGUUGCAAAGGUCUACAAUCGGACAGUUAGUGCGCGAAUGGGAAACGGAUUCUUCCAUUACUGAGGAUAUGAUUGUUUUGGAUGACAGCGUGAGAAGUAUUUUAGGAAUAGAGACCUUAAGAUUGGGAUAAAUGUUACGCUUUUAUGAUCUCAAGAGUUGAGAAAUGUUAACAAUUUCUGUUUGUAUCAUACAUUGUGCCAAAAAUAGUGUUAAAUUUGUAUUUGUUUUUAUAAAUCAAUUGAAUAUUAAUAUAUAUUUUAUGAAUAAAAGUAACGUAAAAGA